UUCGACCCUCGACGUACGUGUCAUUUGUUUUCUGCCACCACAAGAGUUCUUUUGCUUGGAUACCGGUACACGCGAACACCUGAACACUUACUUGAAGCCUGGAUCCUUCUUUGAUCUCAUUCUUUGGACCACAAUAAAAAGCCCACAACCUCACUAAACUACUAAAAGAAGAGACGAAUAGAGACGCACCAAGAUGAGCAGCACUACUACAUCGAGUGUAUACGACGGUCUGAUCCACAAUGAUCCUGGUUUGCUUCAGUUAAAGAAUGUGCCGUAUAUCAUGACACUGGAAGACGAGAAGGCGUUGUUGGAAGACGCUCGCAGUCGUCGUUCCAAAUUGUUGGAGAAUGAUUUGCAAGAGGGCGAAUGGUAUUCUCGCGUGUCGUAUUCGGGUGUCAAGGUGACUUCGCGCAAAGACGAAGACAAUCCGUUCUGCAUGACCAAAGGUGUUACCGAUGCUCCGGAAGGCAUGACGGUCGAUCAUGUCUUUCAACAAUUCUCCAAGGAUUUCUCCAACAACGAUUUUGUGUUGAGAGCAUUUAAUCGCGUGGAUCCCAUGAAUCGACACAUGACCAUUGUUGGAGAAGUGCAGCACAAGGAAUUGUAUGAGGGAGAUGAAAGACUCAUUCUGAUGUGGGGAGCCUACUAUGUGAAUCCGUUUGUCUCGGAUCGUGAUUUUAUCUACGUCAAUCAUAUUUCCACCACCGCUUGUCCCGUUACCCAAAAACGCGUCUUUUGCAGCAACAAUUUCAGCAUUCCCUUGGAUAGUGUUGCUCCCGAUAUGUAUUCUACGACGGGACGGGUCCGUGGUGAGGUGCAAUUGACGGGAUAUAUCUUUCGACCCAAAGCUGACGACGACGACGAUACCAAGUUGUCCAUGACGUUUGUGGGACAAUGUGACCCGAAAGGAUAUCUACCCGCCACGAUUGUCAAUUUUGUCAGUGUCUCGCAAUCCAUGAAUGUCGGACGGAUUCGUGAUUCCUACAUUCAUUUCUGGGACGUGCUUCACAAUCACAUGCAGUACACGUCGUACGUCCCCGUCUGUUGCUAUUACAUGCCCCGCCGCGGAGGAGGUGCGUGCCACAAAUUAGUGGUCGACAACAACAAGAACAACAAUACACAUGUGCGAUUGUUGGCGCAUUGCGAUCACGCCGUUUCGGUCGUGUUCCUCGCAGAUAGUUUUCCCGGUACCGUCGAACAAGGUCCCAAAGACGAAAUGGCCGCACAACUCAUUCAAGGAGACGCGGUCGAAUUCGGAGGCAAGAAUAAUUUUCUAUUGGAUAUCACGCUCCAAGUUACAAUGCCUCCUCCUGACGACAACAACAACAACAGCACGGAAAAGAAGGAACUCUGUUUGGAAUUUGUAUUCACCAACCAUGGAUGGAGAAAGGCGACCUUGUGCAUCCCCAGCAAGACCGAUGUGAAAAAGGAGGAUGCGACGGCCGUCGAGCAAUAAGCGCAUGAUCGUCACAAGAAAUUAUUAAGCAACAGUUCAUUGAAACAGUAGGAAAGGUAGGAGUCGUGAAGGUUCGUAGAUUCGAUCAUGAGGGCCAUACGUUCGAGGCAUGUUCGGUGCCUUUACCAAAGAGACGACUUUCCGUGAUAGCUAGGCAAAGUAUAAAUCAUUCUAGUUUUUGUUUGCACUCU